ACGCGCGCGGCGGCAGCGGCCGCUCAGCCUUUUCUGCGUUCCCCCCAUGAGCGGUGCGGGUGGCGGCAAGCGGAACGUCCCUCGCUCGCGAGUGCCAAGCGGCGAGCGCCAGAGAGAAGGCGUGUUAGGCGAGGGCACUGGCUGGUAGCGGCAGCCGCGCUUUCCGCGGAAACUUGUUCUCCGCUCUCGUUAAACUUGCCUGCCUCCCCGAUCGAGCCGCGGUGGCCUUGGCUUCGCCUCUGCAGAGUCAGGGUGGUCAUUAGGUGGCAGGGCGCUGAGCUUUGCCCUUCCUUUCCGUGCCCGCGCCAAGAAGCUGCCGCCGAGGGCUCCCAGGCGCGCGGAGAAAGCGGCGUUUUGCUCCCGGCCAGGUGGCCGCAGGCUAGCGAAGAGGCUCUGCCGGUGGGUUGGUGGCUCUUGCCUGGCUUGUUCUUGAGCGGGGAAGCUGUUCCUGGCUAUGCUUUGGCGCGCUGCCGCUCACUGAAUCGCUGAGGCUGCACUCCCAGGAUUUCUGCGCAGGGAAGCCAGAAAGUAGCCUGUUAGGACCAGCGGUCGCUCCAGGGGCUCGCAAGUUGGUUCCGUCCGCCUCCGCGAAGCCCGCAGUCAUGAACAUCAUCCUGGAAUUCUUCGUCGUCACCUUCAAGGUCCUGUGGGCGUUCGUGGUGGCCGCCGCCAAAUGGCUCAUGCGCCCCAAGGAGAAGAGCGUGGCGGGGCAGGUGUGCCUGAUCACCGGGGCUGGCAGUGGGCUGGGCCGCCUCUUCGCGUUGGAAUUCGCCCGCCGCCGAGCACGCUUGGUGCUGUGGGACAUCAACACGCAGAGCAACGAGGAGACGGCGGGCAUGGUGCGGCACAUCUACCGGGAGAUCUCCGAGGAAGACGUGGCCGCUGCUCAGAAAGCUGGACAUGGUGAAGAAGUACUACCUCACUACAACUUGCAAGUUCACACAUAUACUUGUGACGUGAGCAAAAGAGAGAAUGUAUAUACAACUGCUGAGAGAGUCUGCAAGGAGGUUGGUGAAGUUUCGGUCCUGGUUAACAAUGCCGGUGUGGUUUCUGGGCACCAUCUCCUAGAAUGUCCUGAUGAGCUUAUCGAGAGGACCAUGAUGGUUAACUGCCACGCACACUUCUGGACCACGAAAGCAUUCCUUCCAAAAAUGCUGGAACUGAAUCAUGGACAUAUUGUUACUGUUGCAAGCUCCCUCGGCCUAUUUAGUACUGCAGGAGUGGAGGAUUAUUGUGCCAGUAAAUUUGGAGCUGUGGGUUUCCAUGAAUCUCUGAGCCAUGAACUGAAAGCAGCUGAAAAGGAUGGCAUUAAAACAACGUUGGUCUGUCCUUACCUUGUAGACACAGGAAUGUUCAGAGGUUGCAGAAUUAGAAAAGAAAUUGAGCCAUUCCUUCCACCUCUGAAACCAGAUUACUGUGUAAAACAAGCUAUGCGAGCUAUACUUACAGACCAGCCAAUGAUUUGCACACCUCGCCUGAUGUAUAUGGUCACUUUCAUGAAAAGCAUCCUGCCUUUUGAAGCAGUUGUGUGCAUGUAUCGGUUUUUGGGAGCAGAUAAGUGUAUGUAUCCUUUCAUUGCUCAACGAAAGCAAGCCACAAAUAACAAUGAAGCAAAAAAUGGAAUUUAACAUUUUUCAAAGGACUGGUGUUUGCAGCUGAAUUAUGGUCAAAACUGAAUGACUAAAUUGUGAAAUGCACUUGCGUUUAGCAAAUGCAACUGUUAACAUUGUACUGUGGCAUUCUCUUGGAUCCUAUACCUGUAUAGUGAAAAGAAAAUCAAUGUUUUUUCAUACUGUAUAUAAAGUUAUUAGAAUUCUUGGAAACUAUGACAGACAAAGCAAAUGUAUACAUGUAGUGCUCACCCUUGUCUUUUUGAAACUUACUAAAUGUACAGUAACAUUUGCUACUCCUUUGGGGUUUUUUGUAGAGAUAAACUAUGUAAAGGUUGUUGUUUUUCCUGAGAUGGUCAUUCAACUAGAAGAUACAAUUGUUUCUGAAUUCUUAAUUUUCUUGUGAUAUUUUCUGUGUAAUCAUUUUAUACAAAUAUGACCUAACAGGGCUGUGUUUGAGGGAUUCUCUCAGCCUAUGUGGAGCAGAUAAAUUUUAAUGAAAUUCUCCUGUGUAACAACUUCAUAUAUUGAAUCAUAAAUAUUUCUUAAUUCACCAAGAAAGUGUAUGCUUUUAGGAAGUUUUCAGAAUGGAGUUAUAUGGGAUACAUCUUGACCACAGCCCCUAGCCCUUUUAAAAUUAACAGUUUUUAAAAGCCAGCCUUUGCAUUUGGAUGGGAAAGAUGUACCUACAUUAUUAUUGCAGUCUUUCUACAUUUUAAGAUAAAAAUAUUUCCCCCUUCAUCAUCGUCUAUUACUGUGAGAUAAGAUAGAUAAAAAAAAUGUAAAUCUUCGUUCUCAUUCUAAGAAAUGUGAGGAAAAAUAAUGCGGAAUGCAACUUGAACAUCGGAGUAUGGAAAACAGUGUAAACACUUCUUUUUCUACCAAAAAAGUGGUGGGGGGGGGGGAUUUGCAAUGUAGAACAGAAAAGAAAUUUUUUUACAUUUUUUGUAAGAACAAUUUUGUGCCUUGAAUUUGGUAAUCUGUAUUAGUGGAAUAUUGUAAAGGUGAAUUGCUACCUCUGUAUCUAAAUGUAUACCAUCCACUUGUAAAUUUACUAUAAAAAUGAAUCCUGUGGUGACUUUUUUAGAAUGUCAUGUUAAAUAGUGACCAAUUUUUGUGGUUAUUAAAGUGAGCCACCUUGUUCUUUAAA